AUGUUCAGCCCUGCUGCUGUGAGUUCUAUCCCGUCUUCGCCCUCCUACUCUGCUAAACCUUUCAAGUUUAUCAUUCUUUUCACUGCGCUUUCCGGCACCAUUGCUUUGCCUUUCAGCCAUUUUGUCCGGUCGCUUCCUUGGGAUAUCGCCCACAUCGCUGUCGACGAAACAAGAGGACACUACCUCGUUUUCAAGCGUGAUGUUUCUCUGUAUGGGAGGUAUCCUGUAGAUGUCGAGGCCAACGCCAUCGACCGCCGUGCAGCCAGCCAAUGUGCCCAACUCUCCAUCGAUGAAGCCAAAACGAUUUCUGGAUGGAAUUUUAUCGUCCAAUACGCCAACGAUAACUGGGGUGAUGGCUCCCGCAAUAUUGUUACAAAUCCCUCGGAUUAUGUCAGCCAACCUGUACAAGUCCGUAUCACCGACAGUGUUGUUGACCUUAGUCUCUCUGGUGACCCGGUCUGCCAGACGCAGACCACUGCUUCCGCGGGUACCCUGGUUGGCACAUCCGGCGAAGUCGAUAUUGAAGUUGACCAAGGCUUUACUACUGAUACUUCUUACACAGUCAGCUGUAUGAUUUCCGACAUCUUUCUCCUGUUUCACUAUUGA